AUGGUUCUACAUAACGAUAAAUGGAAAUGGAAGAAUAAGGUCAAACAUCUGCGGAAAGUUGGAAACGCAGAACCUGAGGACAAGUCGGGGAGCGAGGAGUCUGAAGAGGAACUGAUCACGAAUACCUGGAGAUUUGAGGAGUUACAGCCUAUUCAACAUCCGAAGGAUGAGGAACAGUUGGCUUUGGAAAGAGAGCAGAGAGCUCUGGAGCAGGAGCGCGAAGAGGCAAAUGCUAGUCUUGUGCUAGAAAGACUGAAAUUGGGCGGCCAUGAGCCAGAGAUCGAGGAAAAACAGAAGGAUGCCAAGAAGAUGACCAAGCAAGAUCUUCUUGACUGGGAGAUGAACAAAAAAGAUACCAAGACCACCAGUGAGCCGCAGAAGUCGCGCGUGCUCAGCAAGGAGGAAAAGGACCAGUUUUACGAGCUGCAAAAGCGAAUCGAGCGGCAGAAAAUGGUGGCAUCCAUGAAAAAACGGUUUGCAGAACCUGGCAAAGGCAGAGUACUGGAGGUGGCCAAGAAACACGACGACAACUACAAGGCGGUCAACUCGCUGGCUCUGGAAGAGGCUGCUCGGAAACAGGGUGCUGGCGAUUUCGAGGAGAGUCUGGCCAAUCUGAUUGGAGACUCUGUUCCUGCGGAAGACGAUCACGACAGAACAGUUCCGCUGCACAUUUCAAAGCCAACAUCGAGCACCAGCAAGCCGGCGCCGUUCAAGCUAUCUGCGUCCAAGAAAGACGAGGAUUUCCUCGACGACUUGCUUGGAUGA